UUGAUCACUAACAUAUUAAAUGGCUACACUAACUACCAAAACCACACGCAUUAUUUUCCUUAUGAGUUAGCUCUUCUUAUAUGGUUUAGAAUAUAUGCUAAUGCAAACGCUCUCUAUCUCACAUUCUUUACUCUCAUCACUCAUACGUUUAUGCUCUUAAAAGUUUCAUUUCUCCAAUGGCGUCCUCGAUCACUUCCUCCGAUCAUCGGCUUCCCAUGAGCAAGAGACGAUUAAAGUCACUGAGUCUUAGAGAUUACCUUCUUGAUGAUCUCAGCUCUUCUUGCUCAUCCAACGGCUUCAAAUCCCUCCCUCGUCUCCUCGACGCCGAGAUCAAACGGUCCGGAAUACUCCACCGCAAACGGCGUUCUAACUGCGGGCUGGUGUUUAGUCACGCCGUUAAGAAAGCUUCCACGGCGGUACUCAGCGCCGUUAAACUCUUGCCGUUCCCUUCCUCCUCCGUUAAACCUCCUUCUCCGUCUCGAAAGAAAGGGAUGUUCUCGAGGAGCUUCUCUAGAAACCUCUUGAAAAAACUUUCCCACCGUGAAGUUAAUAACGUCGACGACGGAGAGAUUGAACGGAGAACGGAGGGACGUGAACUGAAGAUCCAACGAGGGAGAUCAUUGACAUUCGGUGAGUUUCUGAAAGAGAGUCUAGACCAACCGUCCAAUGCAUCAUUUUCCGGUGAAGCGACGUUGUCAAACUCCACCGGUUGUGACUCGACGAGUGUUGGCAGCGAGUUGUUCACGAACUCGGAGGUGACUCAGUCGAGUGGCGAAUUUGAGACGUCGAAGGAAAACGACGCCGUGGGAGAUGAGAGGGAGGAGACAACAAACAGAGUAGUAGUUAUGAUGAGUGGGGAUUGUGUAGGGUCACUCGUCAGUGACAGAUCGUCUGUCAACGACAACAGAGAGGAAUGCGUGAACGAAGAUAAAGAACAACUCAGUCCGAUAUCUAUCUUGGAAUGCACAUUCCAAGAUGAUGUAGUAACUCCUCAUUCGCAUCGAAAAGAAACCCAUGGGAAGAAGCUAUUGAGGAAGAGUAGAAGAUUUGAGAAUUUGGUACGACUUGUGCCUGUGGAUUUAGAGAAACGUAUAGAGCAAUAUGUUGAAAGACAAGAUUAUGACUCUCAUCCCAUG